AUGAUGUUGAAGAAGCAAUUUCUCUUGCCCUUCUCACUAGCACUACUACUUUCCCUCUUGUAUUCCACCAACACUCUAGCCCAAUCACCAGUUGUAGCUCCAGUACAAUCUACCACUACCCCACCAGCUGCAGCACCUAAACCAUUGGUUCCAUCAUUACCACAAUCACCAAGUGAUAGCACCCCUGACAAUGCAGCCAUUGACAUUGUGGGAAUUUUGAGGAAAGCCAAGUCAUUCAAUGUUCUAAUUCGUCUAAUGAAAACCACCCAAUUGAUCAACCAACUCAAUGCACAGCUUGUAACUACAAAAUCUGGUGGCUUAACCAUUCUAGCACCAGAUGACAGUGCCUUCUCAGAACUCAAAGCAGGGUUCCUCAACUCUCUUUCUGACGGACAAAAGCUUGAACUCUUACAGUUCCACGUUAUUUCAGAUUAUGUGUCUAGCUCAAACUUUGAUACUCUGACAAACCCUGUGAGAACACUGGCAGGUGCUAAACCAGGAAAGGUGGAACUGAACGUGGUAAGUUAUGGUGGGAGUGUGAACAUAUCAACAGGGGAGGUUAACACUACCAUCAAUGGUAUAAUAUAUUCGGAUAAGCAUCUUGCUAUUUAUAAAGUGGGAAAGGUACUUCUUCCUUCGGAUUUCUUUGCAGUUGCUAAGGCACCAUCAAAAGCACCGUCUUUGGCACCAGAGCCUUCUGCUGAUACUGCAAAGGCACCUAAACCUGAUAAGGAUACUGCAUCAUCCUCUGAUUCAUCACAGGUUAACCCCUCUGAAGUGAACUCUGCCGCUGUGAAGAUUGGUGUGUAUGGAAAAUGGGUGUCACUUGGACUUGCAUUGGUGGCAGCAACGUUUCAAACCUGA